GACAAGUACUUCAAUCACAUUUUGCUUAAAAUUUUAGUGAGGACUCCAUAGCUUACGUAGUUCUGGCCUUCUGGGAGCCAACGUUGAUCCGCCUCUGCCGAUGGGUGUCAAACGGUCCUCGCAGGUGGCAACAAGCGACGAUGACGGCGAAGAGUCGCCGCCGGCGCCGUCACUGGCAAAUUCCCAGAAACGCAAUAAAACGCCUCUCGGCGAGGAUUACGAAGGAGAGAUGCAUCACAAGGAGGUAGAUAAGAUCAGUGAGGAUAAACGGAAAGUAAGCAAGCGGAAAACGGUACAAGAUUUAGAGGUUGAUGAAGACUGCGAAGAGACAGGAGAAGGGGACAAUAGGAGGAAGAAGGAAGUGGUAGAAAGUGAAGCGGAACCCUCUUCCGGUGAAGAUAAGCAGCAAGAAGAGCCGCAUGAGGAUGCCAAGCCUGUCGGCGAUGCCGUUAGGGUUAGUGGAAAAGGGAGAAGCCGGCGGCGGCACUAUGACGCCUUUGAGUAUAAUGGAUACCAGUUUUGCCUAGAGGACUCUGUGCUGAUAGUUCCGAUGGAGACAAAACAAAAGCCUUGUGUUGCUAUUAUUAAGGAUAUUUCCAUGACCAGCAAAGGGAGAGUGAUGAUAACUGGACAGUGGUUUUAUCGACCUGAAGAGACAGAAAUUAGAGCAGGUGCGAACUGGCCAUCUUGUGAUACAAGGGAACUGUUCUAUAGCUUUCACCGCGAUGAGAUUCCUGCAGAGUCUGUCAUGCACAGGUGUGUGGUGCAUUUUAUCCCUUCAAACAAGCAGAUUCCAAGACGCAUUCAACAUCCUGGCUUUUUGGUCCAAAGAGUCUACGAUACAGAACAAAUGGAUCUUUUUGAGUUGUUAGAUAACAAUCAUGAAGAUAGCAAGCAGCAUGAGCUUGAUCUCUUAGUUCAGAAAACAUUUUCUCGACUUGGGGAUCUUCCUGACAUUGAGUCUGAGCAGGAAGAGCUUUUGAUUAAGCAGAAAUGUCUUUUGAGGAAAAAGAGCACCACUUCUUUGGAUGUCUAUGUAAGGGAUGAACGACCUACAAGAUCAGUAGACACAGCACAUCACUUCAAAGCACUUUCUGACUUCAAUGCCCUUACCGGUGAAAAACACCGUGACAAGUGGUUGGAAAAGCUUCUCGAAGCAAUUCAGUCUGUAAGCAUUUCGCGUGGUGGUUGUGAAGGUGGCGAUGUUGAUGAAAGCAAUGUUUUUUAUGGAGAUGUGAAAUUUUGUUGGCCAGACAUUGCUGUUCCUGCAGUAGCUGCUGUUGAGAGAGCCGCAUAUGAAGAACUCUCAUCUGAUAUCCAUAAAUACAAUAAAAAAAUGCACCAGCUAUGUUUUAAUUUGAAGAACAAUGCGCAAUUAGCUCAACAACUUCUAAAAGGGGAGUUAGAAGCUUCACAAAUAUUGACCAUAUUAUCAAAAGAAUUGAAACUUUCCGGUGUGGGACAAAUACUUCUUUAACGAUAUGGAGUUCCACUUGGGGUCUUUGGGAUUUCGUGGAUGAUUUCUAGUGCAUCAUCAAAUUCAUGUGGAGAUUUCCCUAUAAUUGGGUUCCAGAAAAUUUCGUAUUUAGAUUUCCUAUUUUGGAUCAUAACUUCAUCGUCUCAGCUGGAGUGUGGACCAUGUGAGAGUACUAGGUACCCAUCAAGAGAUGACUUUGCAACACUCACUGUACAAGAAGAGCAGAACAUUGCAAGAAAUGUUACACGGGACAACACUUGAGCUCCUCUUCUCCAGCCCCUGAGGUGGAGACAAAGAAGAAGCUGGCUAAUGCGCGAGCAGUUAAGAUGGUAGAAGGCACAGCUGACAAUGCCUGAGUGAAUGACCACUCUUCAAAUGUAUUCGUUUGGCUUCAAACAACCGGGUUAUCUAUUUUGGGGCAUAUCUUUGUUAUCAUAAGCUCGAUGAUGACCGCGCCUGCUAGUUUACUCUACUCAUCAUCAGAGUAAAUAGAAUGAUUUAUUUGUAGUAAAUAGAUUAAUAGAAUUAUCAUUAUGAUGACUAAUAAAUUAAUGGCAGCAUUAGUCAGUUAGAACGGAGGGACAAUACUUUUGUAACAAUGUCAUUUCAUAAUCAGACAGCUGUGUAUAUGUAUGUGCUUUAUUACAGGUUCUGUAAUUUGUACAUGCUUUAGUAGUAGAAUCAUUGGAAUAUUGGACAGCACAACUGCACAAAUUUUACCGUGAUAGCAGUUGUAUUUUACCGUGAUAGCUUCCAUGCCAUAUCAGUUUUGGUGGUGGGUCAGUCUUAGUGUCUUACGAUCAGAGUUCGUUUCAUAAUGC